AUGCUGAUGCAACGUCUUGCUUUCCUGUCUGCGGCGCUCGCGCCCCUGGCAGCCGCGCAGUGCAAUGGACACAGCGAGUUCUGUGACCGGUCGUGGUCAAACAUCACGCUGGUCGGAGCGCACGACUCGCCAUUUGUCGGCGACGGACUGUCGGACAACCAGAACAUCAACAUCACGGCGCAGCUUGAUCUUGGCAUCCGUUUCUUGCAGGGCCAGACGCACAAGAGCGGCGAUACGAUCGAGUUGUGCCACACCAGCUGCAUCCUCGAGGACGCGGGAAGCCUGGACGACUUUUUGGGUUCCAUCAAGACCUGGUUGGACGCCAACCCGAACGAGGUGGUGACUCUGCUCGUCACCAACGGCGACAACCUCGACAUUAGCGAGUUCGCCUCGGUUUUCAACAGCAGCGGCAUCCUGCCGUACGUCUACACGCCGCCGACCAGCCCGGACGUGCUACCCAUAGACCAGUGGCCGACUCUGCAGGAGUUGAUUGACAACGGAACCCGCGUCGUUGCUUUCCUCGACUACGGCGCCGACACGACUUCCGUGCCCUACAUCCUCGAAGAGUUCAACUACUACUUCGAGACCCAGUAUGACGUGACCGAUUCCACCUUCUCCAACUGCAGCAUCGACCGCCCAGCCGGCGCCAGCCCCGACGGCCUCAUGUACAUUGUCAACCACUUCCUCGACAAGGACGUGCUCGGCAUCAAGGUGCCUGACCGCGACGCUGCGCCGACAACCAACGCGGCCACGGGCGACGGCAGUAUCGGCGCCAAUGCUGAUCUGUGUGAUGAUCUGUAUGGGCGUCCACCGAAUGUGCUCUUGGUUGAUUUCACCGACCAGGGUGCUGUUAUUGAUGCGCAGAACGCGCUUAACGGUGUCUAA